AUGGUCGAGGGAAUAGCGGCUAAGCGAGGUAUAAAGGAAGUCACUGUCAAGACAUCUCAUAGAGUUAUUUUGGCCACAGGAGGGUUCGCCAAGAAUCAGGAAACGAGGGCACAGUGCCUGCAACAACCCGCGAACCCUGCAUGGUCAUCGGUACCAGCACACGACAUGGGGGAUGCUAUCCGAGCGGGCAUGGAUAUUGAAGCCGUGGCACCUCAAUAUCCGACGCCUGGCGGGGUCGACCUAGGCGAUCCCCGUCACGAUGGGACCGCCAAAUCUGUUCGCCAGGCGCCGCAGGAGGUAUUUCUACACCGAGCCAGUGCUUUAGAAGAUCUGUGUGACAACAUCGGAGUUAGUAAGAAUGGUCUCGCUGCGACCAUGCAAAGAUUCAAUGCCAUGGCUCACCAAGGCCGCGACGAAGACUUCGACCGUGAAGGCUCAAGUUAUGAUCAGUACCUUGGAGACACCUCUGUCCAGCCAAACCCCAACCUUGGUCCCAUCAAAAAGGUGCCAUUCUACGGAGUCAAAGUGUUUCUAGGCGACCUGGGAACCAAAGGUGGACAUCUAACAAACGAGAACGGACAAGUGUUGGCUGCGGGCCAACGGCCCACUCCAAUGCUAUAUACCAGCGGCAAUGCAACCGCGUCGGUCAUGGGUCGGCGAUACAGAGGCGCCGGGGAAACACUUGGUCCCACCAUGACCUUUGCAUGUCUUGCUGUGGACCUCAUUACGAAAUCAUCCAAGGUGUAA